CUUGUCACUACCACCAUUGUUCUACGCAACCGACCUUAAAAUCACGCAAAAAUGGCUGCCGCUGUAUUCUUCCUUGGCCCCCUACUCACUUUCUACCCAACUCGGUUUUAUCAUCGUGAUAUUAUGGCUUUGGGCGCGAAAAACGAUUCGAAUUCUUCGCCUCGGAAUGAUGGCUCUGGUUUCCCCUCCACCCGAGAGAGGAAGACCCUGCCGCCAAAAGAGUCUGUAGCUGAACAGAUACGCUCCUCUGUGCAGAGCACUCCGCUCAGCACUCACGCCCCAACUGUGAAUCCCACAGCCAAUCCGGAUCAUCUUGUGGCAGAUUUCGACCGGUACAUCCUAGAAGACAUCAGAAAACGCGUUUUAAUGAAUCACGUCAAGACCUACGUCCAAUUAUGCAAUGAGAGCAGUCCUAAAGAGAAAACCUUCUACCAUCCCCACGACAUGAUGUAUAACAAUGCGUUCGACCUUAUCAGUGCCACUGAAGACUCUCGACUUGGCAUCUAUCGACAAGACGCGAAGCCGGUUGCCGGCGGUUUAGAAAAAAACGUCCCUGAUACGUUAGGUGUUCUUCGCGCCAUGUUCAACAGUUCCGGAAACGUGGUUGACAACAUGAAGGACAAAGGCCCAGAGUACAACUUUUCGUGGGCGCAAACAAUGUAUUGGCAGGAAUUCAAGCCUAAUGAAUACUACCUCGACGGGGGGACGGAAGCUACCUAUAAGGGCGAGGAUCCUAAGGGAGAGGUGAGAGGCAAAACCACUGUGCGCCGAGACCCUGGCGGCAUCCUCCCUCCCGUCAAGUCGCGCAUGGGCUCCACCUUGAAGAAGCGUCGUUCGGAAGAUGAGACUCCUCAUGUCCACUCCAAGUAUCGGCGCUCCGGGACGACGUCUGAAGUUUCGCAGGCCAGGAGAAGAACAGACGAGUCGGUGGCACUUAGUACUGCGAAAGAGGGAAUCGCGGCCGAAGAUGUUGCACGACGGGAGGAGGAAGAAACCCAGGCCCGCCGAGCCGUUCGCCUCCAGUGUGGUCGUUACGCCCUCGAGAUGCUGUCUAGCGCCGGUUUUCGGACGCACUGUAUUGGCGCUCUCGUUACGGUAGGACGGAUACAACCCCUCUACUACGAUCACUCGGUCAUCAUUGUGUACAAACCGAUUGACAUGUUUAUAUCGCGUGGCAAGCGGCCGAAGAUUACGGAAGAGGUUGUGACGAACGAGUUCGCGGCAAUGCUUGUGGGAUUGGGUGGACUCACUCUGAAGCAGCGGGGCAUCCAAGAGGAAUUCUGCGAUGACAGGGCGCUCAUCGAGAAUUACAAGGCGUACAUGGACAGGUGUGGCAACCCCAAGGACAAGGAGAAUUUUGACAAGACGGCGAUGUUUGUUGGGGUGAAGCUCAAGCUGAAGUUGGGUGAAGAUGAUAAGAAGGUUGAGGUCACCCUUGGCCGAAUUAUUUCACGCCAGCCUGGGAUCGUCAGUCGGAAUACUUGCGUUGUCGAGGCGACAUCGGAGCACGAUGAGUGGAAGGGUAAAGAACUGGUUGUCAAGGUCAGUUGGCCUGCUACCAGUCGAAAAUCGGAGGCAGAGUUUGUCAUUAAAGCCAGAGAGAAAGCACGAUCCAUGCAGCAAGGGAAAAGGCCAGACUGGGCCUUAGACCAUUUGCCUGACAUUCUCCUUUCUCAAGACUUUGACUAUGCUGAAGAUUCUACUCAGGUGAAUCUCGUGGUCUUCUUCGCAAAAGCUAUGUUCGCAGAGGAGGAAAAGUUCGAGAGAGGCUGUAUCCUCUGGAAGAGCUACGGACGGUUCAAGAGUAUGCUCAGGUCUUUUGAUAUUUUGCAGAUUCACAAAUGGUUGUAUGAUCACCCAGGAAUCCUCCACCAUGAUAUCAGUCCCGGGAGUAUCAUGUGGCGCCGCACCGUCGACGAUCAUUUACGUGGGGUCCUCAACGACUUUGACUUGUCUGCCUACCGACAUGAGACUGGCCCUUCAUCGCGUCAGCGCACCGGUACUCUACCCUACAUGGCGUACGAACUUCUCAUCAGCGACGAAAAUGGGCAUCCACCCAAGCACCUCUAUCGACAUGAUGUAGAGUCCAUCUUCUACGUCAUUCUCCUCCUCUGUUGUCGUUACGAGGUUGUGGCUAAACAACACCUUGAUGGACGCCCGAUCCUGGAACGCACGAAAGUCCAUUCCCCAUUCAAGAGCUGGUAUAAACUCGAUCGUGAUGGUUUGAAGAAGAAGGGCUAUUUUCUCAUAGCAGCUAAUUCAUUCUUGCCUAUAGUGAACAGGAGCUUCACUGACUUUCAGCCGUGGGGCUGGGUUACUUACUCAUGCAUUGUUAAGAUCUGUAUUGAAUUCACUGGUUUGGCUCUCACAGUACACAAUGACCAGCUUGAAGAGGGUACUGGUGCCUAG